AUGUGUUCCUCUUUAACUCAAGUUGUUUUCACAAUUGUCAUGCUUGGUGCCAUCGCACUAACUGUUGCAUCAAUUUUUGGAGAGAGUAAGUUUUUCUGAAACAUUUUUGUUUCCCAGUUAGAUAUUUUUAGAAUGGUCUACUGUCGCACAAAACGUUCAGGACUCACUAAUCCAAGAAGGUAUCAAAGGAACGGAAAAAUGGUUGAAAUAUCUACCAUUUUUAUGCGAAGGAGACGAUUGUGCUAGUUUCUGGAAGGAAUGUUUUAUAGCUUUUGAAAAAAAAUCUCAAAUUUAA